UAAUGUCCAAUGGAACGGCUUCCAUUAGCAAGAAAUACCAUACACAUACAGCAGAGAAAGAUAAACUCACAAUCCACAAGCAGAUGUUGACAAAGGAAGAGCCUUUUUCAUCAAAUACUUCCACUGGUUUCUCUCGUGAAGAUCUUGGAACCUGUCUCUGUAGCACCCGUGAACCGGUUCCCUGAAUAAUUAAAUCAAAUACUUAUUAUGGGCUUACCCAUACCUUCUCACAUUAAAUAACAGAUUUAAUUCCUACCCAUCACAUGCUGCUUAGGGAAUCUAAUGAAAAAUAGUAUCGUUCACAUUUCUUCUCACCAAAUGGAAACCAAUGCCCAACCCACUUGUGGACCCAUAUUCUCCCAUGACAGAUUCUUAUUCAAUGAUCUACAUUGAUCAUUCCAUUUGAUCCAAGUUGGUCGAACCCGAAACAUCGUGGGUCGGGUUUGGAUUGAAUCACGAGUAGCAGUGUACAUACAUUCUCACCAAGAUGCUCGUGUGUCCUAAGUGUAAAGAGACUCGGCCUUCUUCAUAUUUGUCUGCAAAUGGGUGUCAAAUUUGUGACACUGCACGUUGCAUUCAUGCAGCGUAUCAGACGGAGACCCCUACUGUCCUUAUUGGCCUUUCGACACCAAGAUAUAGAAAGGAACAAAUAAGAGUACAUGACCCUGCAGGAGAGGAGCUCAGGAGCCUCUUUUCAACUAUUUCGUCUUCCUUUUUGGGUGUUUAGUGCAGAAGGAUUUACACCACAUAUUCAUUGGUUAUAGUUUACGGUUGACUGGUUUUUGCAUGAACGAUAUAAAGAAGCUUGGAGUCUCCUGAUCUUGAAUGCAAGAAAAGAUGGAAAGCAUUUAACCUCUCUACCCAAUUCCCAUGGAGGAAGCUUCAUGCCAAAAGGAGUAUUUGCAAUAAAGGCCGAAUAAAUUAUACAAGAAAGCUCAUAGCUCUGUUUAUUUAAAGCACACCCAUCAAGUGUCCAUUUCAUUCAGAGUCAGAGAGCUCCAGAGAAUGGGCAGUACCAGAAUGUUUUGGCUGCUUAUAUUUAGUUUCGGUUUACUCUUCAAUAAUCUUUCAGAGGCUAAACAUGAGAAGAAGCUUCCAUCUGCAGUUGUUGUGGGCACUGUUUACUGUGACACAUGUUUUCAGCAAGAUUUCUCAAGGACCAGCCACUUCAUAUCAGGUGCUUCUGUUUCAGUGGAAUGUGGAGAUGGAGGCUCGGAACCUAGUUUCCACCAGGAGGUACAGACAGAUGAACAUGGACAAUUCAAAGUUCACCUACCAUUUGCAGUUAGCAAGCACGUCAAGAGCAUUAAAGGGUGUUCGGUGAAGUUAAUCAGCAGCAGCGAGCCGUUCUGUGCAGUGGCCUCCACAGCAACUUCAUCAUCUCUCCAUCUCAAGUCAAGAAAACAAGGAGUCCACAUUUUCUCAGCUGGGUUUUUCUCUUUCAAGCCCCUGAAACAGCCAGACUUGUGUAACCAGAAACCAAAGCUUGAAACUUCAAAGGAAUUCAGUCCCAAGAAGACUGGCCUUUCUUCUCCAAGCCUUCCGCUGUUUCCACCCGUGACUCAAGACCCAACAGUGCCAAGUUCCCCACCCGCAACUCAAAAUCCAGCAUUGCCACAACUACCUCCUCUUCCCCAACUUCCCCAGCUUCCACCAUUGCCGACUCUGUCACCUAUUCCUCAUCUCCCCCAGCUUCCACCAUUGCCAAUUUUGUCACCUCUUCCUUUUCUACCACGACUCCCAGGGGUACCAAAUUUACCGCCUUUGAUGAGAAAACCAACUCAGACAAAAGCCUAUAAACUUUCGGACACAAAUUCCCUGUCAGGUCUAAAAUCUGAGAAGACAAUAUCCUUCUUUUCCCCUCCCUCAUUACCUUUUCUUCCAUCACCGUCACCUCCCUUUGGCCUUCCGCUGCCGCCAAACCCAUUCCAGCCACCUCCGUUACUGCCUCCAAACCCAUUGCAGCCAACACCACCUUCGCUGCUGCCUCCAAACCCAUUCCAGCCAACACCACCUUCGUUUAGUUUUCCACCAAUACCGUUUCUAACUCCACCACCACCACCACCGACCUUCCGUUUUCCUUUCCCUCCAUUUCCAUUCCCACCCAGAUUCCCUGGCAUUCCUCCAGCUUCUUCUUCACAAAGAAGCUCUCCUUGAUUACCUAUUCAAAACAGAGUCAACGUAUUACUAAGAAUAAUAGUCCCUUGGUAUAUAUAUAUAUAGCUCUUCCUCUUUCAUUUUCUUCUUUUGGUUUCAUGCAUUAGAUACUUAAGCAAGGGUUACUGUCAGAGCAGGCUUGUUGGGUCUUUGUGAUCAUGCAUGUGGGACGGAGAAGAAAUAUAAAUUUAUUGUAAUUUCAGCAGAUUGCAAUGAUUGUGUUAAAAAUAGUUUUCUUUUUCUGCCUAA